UCAACUUUGGGUUAUUGAGAGUUUUCGUAAUGUCUGGAGUAUAUGACUCAAGAACUGGUCUAAUUCUGAUUUGGGUAGUUUUCUUGUUGGCUUCCGCUACGAUGGUUUGUCCUGCAGAAGGAUUGAAUGCUGAAGGAAUGUACCUACUUGAGUUGAAAAAGAAUUUAAAGGAUGAGUUUAACAAUCUUGAAAAUUGGAAUCCUAGUGAUGAGAUGCCGUGUAGAUGGAAAGGCGUAAAUUGCACUUCUGAUUAUAAUCCAGUUGUGCAAUCUCUUGAUUUGAGUUUUAUGAAUCUUUCAGGCACUUUGAGUUCUAGCAUUGGUGGUCUCGUAAGUUUAAUCGUUCUUGACUUGUCUUUCAAUGGAUUCACAGGGAAUAUUCCGAAAGAAAUAGGGAACUGCUUGAAAAUGCAGAGUCUUCAGCUCCAUGAUAAUGAGUUUUACGGGCAGAUUCCUGAUGAAUUGUAUAACCUUUCUCAUUUGAAAGACUUGAAUUUGUUCAAUAACAUGAUAUCUGGUCCUAUAUCAGAGGAGUUUGGGAGACUCUCUUCUUUAAUUUCUUUUGUUGCAUACACCAAUAAUCUCACUGGUUCACCCCCUCGAUCACUCGGGAAACUAAAAAAAUUGGAAACAUUUCGUGUGGGGCAGAAUCCGCUUUCUGGAACCUUACCCGCUGAGAUUGGUGAUUGCAAGAGUUUACAAGUUCUUGGUCUUGCACAAAACAAUAUAGGAGGAAAUAUACCCAAAGAGAUCGGUAUGCUUAGAAGAUUGAAACAACUUGUACUUUGGGACAAUCAACUCUCGGGCUAUAUCCCGAAGGAACUUGGAAACUGUACAAAACUUGAACUGCUUGCUUUAUACCAGAACAACCUGGUUGGAGAAAUUCCUGCUGCAAUAGGUAAGCUCAAAUCACUCAAGAGGUUAUACCUAUACCGGAAUGGAUUAAACGGUACAAUUCCAAGGGUCAUUGGGAAUCUUUCGUCAGCGAUAGAGAUUGACUUCUCAGAGAACUAUCUAAUAGGAGACAUACCAAUUGAGUUCAGUCAAAUAAAGGGACUGAUGUUGUUGUAUCUGUUUCAUAACCAGCUCAAUGGUGUGAUACCUCGGGAACUUUCUAGUUUAAGAAAGUUGGAACGUCUUGAUCUGUCGAUUAACUACUUAUAUGGCUCUAUUCCAUUUUCAUUUCAGUAUCUCACUGAAUUGGUUCAGUUACAGCUCUUUCAGAAUUCUUUAAGUGGAACUAUUCCCCAAGGUCUCGGGAACUAUAGCCGACUUUGGGUUGUUGAUUUUUCUAACAACUACCUCACAGGAGGAAUUCCUCCGAAUAUAUGUAGGAAUUCUAAUUUGAUUUGGCUAAAUCUUGGUUCAAAUAACUUGCAUGGAGUCAUUCCAUCCGGUGUUAUUAAGUGUGACUCAUUGGUACAACUUCGUCUUGACGGUAACUGGCUACAAGGGAGUUUUCCUUCUGACUUGUGCAAACUGAGUAAUCUAUCUGCUCUUGAAUUAGGACAGAACACGUUCAGUGGUCUAAUUCCUCCUGAGAUUGGAAACUGUCAAAAGUUGCAAAGACUUGAUCUUUCAGGCAAUUAUUUCACACAUGAAUUGCCUCAAGAGAUAGGGAAUCUUGAAACACUUGUGACGUUUAAUGUCUCGUCUAAUUUGCUGACAGGUAAAGUACCACAAGAAAUUCUGAAAUGCAAGGCGUUGCAACGACUUGAUCUCAGUAGGAACAGCUUUAGUGGUGCUAUACCUGAUGAAAUUGGAAAACUAGCACAGCUUGAACGUCUUUUGGUUUCGGAUAAUAAGUUCUCUGGAAAGAUACCAGUAGCAUUGGGGAGGCUUUCUCGUUUGAACGAGCUGCAGAUGGGUGGAAAUUCAUUUUCAGGUGAAAUACCAUCAGAAUUGGGUGAUCUUACUGGUCUACAGAUCGCGAUGGAUCUUAGUGACAACAAUCUAUCUGGUUCAAUACCACCUAAGCUUGGAAAUCUUAUCCUACUAGAGUGUCUCAAUCUCAACAAUAAUCAUCUGAGUGGUGAAAUACCAAUCACAUUCGGAAACUUGACGAGUCUAAUGAGAUGUAACUUUUCAUACAAUAACCUCACUGGAUCAUUGCCGGAUAUACCACUCUUUCAGAAUAUGGAUGUCAGCAGCUUUAUUGGAAACAACGGGCUUUGUGGUGGUCGUUUAGGUGGAUGUAACAAAUAUCCUCCGUUCAAUUCUGAUCCUCCAACCAAAAAUGCAGGUGCUCCAAGAGGGAAGAUUGUUAUUGUUGUUGUGGCUGUUGGUAGUGGUGUUUUUCUUGUUUUGAUUAUGGUAAUUUUGUAUGUGAUGAAGCGGAAACCAGUUGAUCAGAUGGUUGCAUCAGUAAAAGAUAAGAACGCGUCAUUUCCAGCUUCGGACAUAUAUUUCCCUCCCGAAGAGGAGUUCACUUUCCAAGACUUAGUUGAGGCUACAAACAGUUUUCAUGACAGUUAUGUUGUUGGAAGAGGAGCUGUUGGGACAGUUUACAAAGCAGUCAUGCAAUCUGGACGAAAAAUCGCUGUUAAGAAGCUGGCUUCUAACAGAGAGGGUAAUAACAUAGAAAAGAGUUUCCGAGCAGAGAUUUCAACUCUCGGAAAGAUUAGGCAUCGUAACAUUGUAAAACUGUAUGGCUUUUGCUAUCAUCAAGGUUCUAAUCUGCUUCUUUACGAGUACAUGGACAAAGGUAGCUUGGGUGAAUUGCUUCACGGUGCAUCUUGUAGCUUGGAUUGGCCUCAACGCUUCAUGAUUGCUCUUGGGGCAGCUGAAGGACUUUCUUACUUACAUCAUGAUUGCAAACCACAGAUCAUCCACCGCGAUAUAAAGUCCAAUAAUAUUUUGCUCGAUGAGAAGUUGGAAGCUCAUGUUGGUGAUUUUGGUCUUGCUAAAGUUAUCGACAUGCCUCAAACUAAGUCGAUGUCUGCAAUUGCUGGAUCAUAUGGCUACAUAGCCCCUGAAUAUGCUUACACCAUGAAGGUAACAGAAAAAUGUGAUAUCUAUAGUUACGGAGUAGUCCUUUUGGAGUUGCUAACAGGAAGAACACCGGUGCAGCCACUCGAUCAAGGAGGUGAUCUUGUCACUUGUGUAAGGCAUUAUAUCCGGGACAAUUCAUUGACACCAGGGGUACUCGAUAUCCGAUUGGAUUUGACAGAUAAAACUACUGUUAGUCACAUGCUUACAGUCUUGAAAAUUGGUCUAGUCUGCACUUGUUUGUCCCCGGCUGAUCGCCCUUCAAUGCGCGAAGUUGUGUCAAUGUUGAUGGAGUCUGAUGAGCAGGAAGGUAACUUCAUCUUGUCUCAAAGUUGAUCUCCCUAUGACAGAAACAUAAUAACAUGUUAAAUGUUAUGUUAUGUUGCUUGGACUCUCCAAAAAUGUUACAGCACCCGUGUCUGAUCCUCAAAACAUGCACUACUUUUGAAGGAUUCGACAUGCAUCUGGUGGCAUUUUUGAAAAGUUCGAGCAACAUAGGUUAAAUGUAUAAAAAUCGCGGAGUCUAAUAAG